AUGCGGCGGCGGUGGAGGCAAGUCGAGGAAGAUGACGUGGUGGGUUUCGUUGAUGACUCAUCGACACUGGUGAAGCAACUUAUUGAAGGGGAUUGGAACUGUGAUGUCAUUUUGAUCAUUGGCAUGGGUGGGUUGGGGAAGACAACUAUUGCUAGGAAAAUCUACAACAAUGUUCACGUCAAGAGCCACUUCAAGUGCCGUGCAUGGGUGUAUGUAUCUCAAGAUUUCAGAACCAAAGAGCUCUUGCUUAACAUUUUGAAAAAGAUUGAAAUAUCAGAUUGGAGGACAGUAGAAGAAUUAAAAGAGAAGUUGUUCGAAUGCUUGCUGAGAAAGACGUACCUAAUAGUAAUGGACGACAUCUGGAAAACUAAAGUAUGGGAUGAGGUAAGAUCUACUUUUCCCACUAAUUUGAAUGGAAGUAGAAUAUUGAUCACUAGUCGCAUAAGAGAAGUAGCUUCACAUGCAAGCCUUACUUCUCCCUACUUUCUCCCAUUUCUUAACAAAGAUGAAGGCUGGGAGCUUUUAAGUAAGAAAGUGUUUCGAGGAGGAGCAUAUCCUCCCGAGUUGGAAACUAUGGGGAGAAAAAUUGCAGAUGAUUGUCGUGGCUUACCACUUUCCAUUGUGGUAUUAGGGGGCCUUUUAGCAAACAAAGAGAAGACACCUGGAACAUGGUCCAAAUUGAUUGGCAAUGUAAACUGGUACCUUACUGAGACUAAUACAAUAUGCAAAGACAUAUUGGCCUUAAGCUAG